CCGCCGUCUCGCGCUGCACCAAGCGCCCCGUUCCUGGGAGUCGGACUCUGCCGCAGAACGCCGCCGCGCCGCAGGGAAAGACGAGCCUUCUCCACUCUCCGGAGUUUGAUCGAAGAGGGGCGAGUGAGGCAACAGCGCGCGCCGUCCCAGUCGGCACUUUCUCCGCGAAGGUCUCCUCCGCUCCAGCCGGUCGUCUCUCUUCGAAGCGUUUGCAAGCAGGCGUUACGAAAAGAUCAGAGCAACAGACGCAAGCGACUGCAGAAGCGAAAGAAAAGCGCGUUGUUGGGGGAGACCCGGUAACGAACAAUAAAAAGGGCCGUCGUAUCACCUGUCCCUAGGCCAUUCAGAAACAGAAUAUCCGCUGCGAAAGGUCGUCUCUGUGCGGUGUCGACCGGGGGACCAGACCUACCUCCAUCUCCUCCGACCUGAAGUGACUCGCUUCAGAGUUUCUGGCUUCAGUUUUUGUCCUCGUCAACUGCGGGCUCGUAGAGAGGAAAAAAAAAGUUUUCGGGAGAGAAGGUCACCGACUCCUUGUCCGGUGUCGUCGGCGAAGUUAUUGUAUCGGUCGGGUAUUUCCGAGUGACGAUGCUGAUGAGGGCGACACAGCACUUCAUCUUGUGGGGUGUGGUUCUCGUCGGACUGGCGCAGGGAGCCUACUUGAUCAACUUUUCACACGUGCUCAACAGGAACCUGGGGAACGUUAAGCGAGAAGUGGACACCGACCGGUGCCACCCUACGCAGCCGUUCCGGUGUCCAGCCUCCACCACCGUGUGCAUCUCCAUUCAGUAUCUGUGCGACGGCGCGCCCGACUGCCCCGAUGGUUACGACGAGGACCCCAGGCUCUGCACGGCAGCGAAGCGACCCCCAGUAGAGGAGACUGCUAACUUCUUGCACACGUUGCUGAGCAACCACGGGCCCAACUACUUGGAGAAGCUCUUCGGACCCAAGGCUCGAGACGCUCUCGCACCUCUAGGCGGCGUGCAGAAAGUAGCCGUCGCACUGUCCGAGGGCGAGACGCUGGAAGACUUCGGCAAGGCGUUACACCUCAUGCGCUCCGACCUGGAGCACCUUCGCAGCGUCUUCAUGGCCGUCGAGAGCGGGGACAUCAGCCUGUUGCGUUCGCUCGGCAUCCGUGACUCGGAGCUGGCAGACGUCAAGUUUUUCCUCGACAAGCUGGUCGCCACGGGAUUCAUGGAUUAGUGACAACCCUCUGACGCAACUUACCAUUCUGCCCAAAUUACCUGUCUGAUCCUGCGCGGCAAAUCGAGCUCCCCGCCCCCUUCUCUGAACCCUCCACUUCACCCUUCCAUCCUUCCUAUUGCUUCGGUUUAUAAGUUUGCGGGUCUGUUACGUUAUGCUGAUGCCAUGCUGCUGCGGCAGUGCAUCCAGAGAGAGAGGUCUGCGCACGAUGCUUCUCUCUCUCUCUUGCUCGGUCGUCCCCAUUCCAAUGGGUGAACAAAAUGGCAUUGUUGGCUGUGUUUCUGAUGAAAAAUUGUGUGAUGUGCGUAGCUGGGUAUAAAGGCAAGUGGUGAAUAGCGUCCGGUAUGACAACCCGAAAUCGCUGUGCAGUGAUCAUAUUGUCAGCAAAAGUUGAAGAAGCGAACACGUUGAGUUGACGCCUUCCAAACCCCAGCCUGCUAGCUACAUAGACUUACUCUCUCGUGUUCAGUUUUUUCCUAGCUGUUCCUAACAUCAUGGACACUCAGGAACUCGUCGAUCUGUCAACACUGUCAUUAGCUUUCUUUCGUUAUUUUUUGGAGUGAGACACCUAAAGCAGGAACUAAAGGACAACCAGAGAAUGUGCAAGGCUGUUCAAAAGUUUUUGAUUUGUUGGCCAUCCAAAGGAAGCUUGUAAAGUGGGGGCGAAAAGGUUGCUGAAGGUUCGCCGACACCAUGACCCGUGAGGACAGGUGACCACUUAUUAGUAACACAAAAGAAGUAGCUGCUUUACAUGCACAAAAUAAAUGCUAAACUGCUUACGUAUACAUAUACUGGUCUCUUUCAUAUACUUGCUCCUCUUCGAUUCAUUUACGGGAAAUGGCGAUGCGGAUAGAAACCUGAAACGUGUGUGACUAAGCAGAAAAGAACUGUUCUCAAAGCUCUUGAUUUUCAAAAGCAAUUGUGAUUGUAAUGCUUUAUUCUGACACAGUCAUUUUCUAGUACUGGGUGCAAUGCGACUAUGUGAGGCUGCCUUCCAUGCUGCUUCAAACGUUGCUUUUGGGUCGUGAAAGACAACAGGAAACGGUGGAAAAGAUCAAAAAUUCGUUGUCCCUAUAACCUUGGUGUUUUGACAUGAGGAAAUAGCCUUGAGUCAUCAGUAUACAAUCACUGUCCUCUUAACGCACUGCCAAGCUUACGGCAUAAAUUUUGGCCACUCAUCACAGGCCCCUUUUUCGUGAAUAGAGGACGUCAUGUCGUACUGCAGGUAUUUCUGAAAGGAUGACAAGAAUUUUUGAUGUGCCGGCAUAAAUCUAUCGCAAAGAAAUGAAAAGAAAACUUUCUGUCGUUGCAUAACGCUUUCCGUUGCAUAUUCCAACUUAUGGCCUGAAGCCAAGAUGCUUAGCUUAAAGGCGAUGGUGUGAUCACUAUGUCCUUAACAGAACAUGUCGCCUGAUACUUUUAUCCUGACCUCGUCAGCUCAGUUAAGCAGAAAAAUGUAUCUGGGCACAAUUUCAGCUAAAUUAUAGAGCCAGGAUAUGUGCUGUUGCUACUUUUAUUUAGUGAAACAGUUGCUAGUUGCUUUAAGUUUGGCCGUCUCUUAUAAGGGCUUAAUAGGAUGCUAACUCAUCACCUAACUGCAAUUAUCUGCAUUUCUUUGACGAAUGGUACUGUUGAGUUUGAAGCAUGUCGCUCAAAUAAUAACUUAACAGCGCGAACCCGUCAGUACAACGGUAUAUAGAAGACCCUGAGAAAAACAAUAAAAUAUUUGGUUGAUAUCGGUAAAUUAUGUUCAGGCUAUGAAAAUAAGGGUCACAGCUUUAGCCUUACAUCCAUAGUUUCAAGCUGUAAUGAUUGUGAUCAUAAUGUACACUAUUGUUGGACACUUGAACACCCUGCAGUCUCCGUUUUGAUAAGAAAGACAACAAUUUUUUCAGGAAGUUUAACACAGUCCUGCGAGAAAUCCCAGAGACGCCGCUUAAGAAAUUUUUAAAAUCUUUUAAAAUGUGCAAAGCCGAUCAAAAUUUUGCCGGCAAUUGCCAUUUAUUCUGCAGCGAGGAAUAUUUUGCUAUAUUCAGAAGAUGAGGUGACAUGUCUUUAUUACAGAAUGUUUGGUUAAGAGGAAGGUAAAAACGUUUGCUAGAAAGGCAGUAACUUGUUUUGUAAUUCAUAUAUUUGUGUCCACUGGAAAGAAACACUAUGCGCCAAAUACAGAAUCGUGAUUUUCUACUGUUGUUAACCCCUCGAAUUUUUUCAGAGCAGUCGGAUAAAGUUUACGAGACGUGCAUCCAGAAAUCGUUGCUUUUCUGCAAUCUAACCCCACUUAGCAUACACUACAAUUAGUAUACACUACAGUUGUAGUAAAACUACAAAUCGUACGCCACAAAGCAACUGAAAAAAAAACUGCGAAAGAUGAAAUUUUAGCCCUAGGGGAAAUACCUUACGCGCUGGAACAAUAAGGGAAUAAGAACUUCGAUAGGAUACAAACUAAUCACAUUUGAACGUAUAUUUGUAUAUGUCGUGGAAGAGAAAUAUAUAAGGCUAUACAGUGCCGAUUCAGUGCUUUAGAAAAUAGCAGGAAUGGCUCAUUGGAUUAUUGCAAUAAAUUUUCAAACGUUUGAAAAAACAAAAUUUGUCCUUCCUAAUCCAUGAAAUCAUGACAUAUCUUUACACAUUUCUCUUCCGAUGUCCGGUGAACGCUAUUCUACUUUCUGUAUUACACAAUCAAAUACAACGCCGUCUAAAUUUAUCAGAUUGCAGAAGUAAAAUGCUAAUGUGUUUUUACGUACGUGAGAUUACGUGCUCAAGAACUCAAAUCAAUAAACGUACAGGUUAAAUGCAAUUAUUUUUCCAACGUUAACAUAAGGAAUUGCGUGGGAAAACAGAGCGUAUUCACUACAUAAAUUACUAAUUACUGAUCAGCUGCGAUAACCUUAAUCAAGUGCUUCAGGGUUCUCAGCUGGCGCUAAGUCUGUAUAUUUUUGUACAGCAAAUGACAAAUCCACCUAUAAACGUUAUUCAUCGAAACGUUGCAUUCUGCUGCUAUGUGAUACUGUGUAUGGUGCAAGUACAGUUCUAUCAGAGAGGUUAUUUAUCAGCACUUGUUAAUGUUUAGAGGACUAAGAAGCUUGUCAAGCAUCGGGUGAUAAAUGAAAGAUGUGUGGACGUAUUCCAACGCAUAUUUUCCUAAAUAUUCCUUGUUAGCUGAACACCAGUGCGCUUAUGACGGUAUAGCGACGGUAAAUGGACAGAUACGUAUCUACAAAGCGAUGUUGAGUAAACCAAUCUUUGAGUAAAAUUUACCGCUAGUAUGCGCUUGAAAGAAUGUCCCUUCAGUCCUACUCUAUUUCUGAAUGUAAUUGUUUCGCGAAACAACCCACAAUAUAUCUUCUAGAACUGGUUUCUGCUGAUUGCUUUGUAUAGAAAGGUUCUUAUUUCAAUAUGCUCCUUCGUUUGGUCAUUACAUAUAGUCAUUUUGUGCCACAAAAAUGUGCAUUAAGUGUAUCUGACGUUGUAUCCGGAGGCAUGGACAUUUACGUUCUUUACCAUUUCAACACAUAUUGUUAACUAAGACAUAUUACUACAAAAAUGCCAAAAUUAUUGCUUUCACAUUGUAUCCCAGUAUUUUUGUUUGCCGAAUCCCUGCGCUGCGAUCUUACAAGACGUAGCCAUCUCACCAGAUUCCCUUUCAGAUAUUUCUCCUGAAAAGAAGGACAAUCAACCCAACAACACUUUCAAGAUCCGCGUAGUCUUUCAGAAAUCUGGUUUAUUUUAUGAUAAAAAAUACUCGAGCAUUGAACAUUAUGAAUACGUUCGGUGUGCUUAUACGCCCUUUUCGAACAACUUGCUAUCUCACAUUCAGCGUAAGAAAAACCGAUGCAGAGGCAAAUCAUGGUGUAGCUUUCUUAAUUAGCAGUGGGCAUUGUCAGUGAAUUUAGCAAUGAGUUAGCAGUGUUGCUUGCGCUGGGAGCGAGCAAAAGUAACAACGCUUGGCGCUCAAUGAGCAACGACUAGCAAACCGAAAACACGACGUCAAUCUGCUAUUUUCGAGUAUAAUUAUUACACUAUAGAAACAAUGUAGACUUUCUUUCAGAGUAUAUUCGUUGCCGUUAUCAUGGCAACCGCUUUCAUUCAAGCAAAUGUGCUAACUUUGAAUUUCUAAAGCUCAGUAGUAAAGACAUAUAGCACGUUUAGGGUCAGAUUUGCGUAGCAGUUUGUAGAGCGUGUCUUGUACAGAGCCAUAUGAUGGAGACCGGUUAACUUGAUGAACAGUGCAUAUUCGCGCUGGAAAAGCGAAGAGCCAGAGCCAGUUUGUGACACAUAUUCUGUUUUAUAUCAAAUAUAUUUAUCGAUGCUUUUGUUACGAAUACAUUGAAAUAUAGGACAGGAAUACCUAGUGAGAAAGUGCCGAGUGGAAUAAAACAAGAGAAUGUCAUAUGAUAAGUGGUUUAAGCAUGCAGGGGCAACAAAAAGAGAGACUAAAGCUCACAUGACGAACAGUUACUUUUUUUCACAUUUAAAGCACCGGCAACCUAGGGCUUAGUAUAUCCGGCUCGUUUACGAAAUUCUCUCUUCAGGUGAAAUCUGUUUCUGAAAUGUAAUAGACAAAGAAAAGAAGCGUUCUUUUUUUUAACUUAGUCGCCUCUAUGCUGUACCCUUAGAAACCAACUAGGUCUCCAAGACUUGUUAUUUGCCGUCUACAAAGCAGUUAGAGUUUGUCAGAGCCACGCUAUCACUUUGAUUUCAAGGAUGCGGCAUGCGACGCACCCUUAAUUAUUGCACUCCUAGUAGUAACAAGUGUAGUUUAGCCCUCUUGGUCUACGCUGCUAACCUACUCUGUAUUGCUGGCCUCGCCGCCUCACUACGCCACUGUCGCGGACAAUCACUCUCGCCCAAUCAGGAGGGGACGAAAAUGGCGUCGCUAUGCGAACGCACGAAAAUGGCGACGCCAACCCCUUUGGUGUUCGUGUGUGUGUGUGUACUCUGUGUGUGGUGUCGUUUUUGGUUUCGUCUGCUGUUCCCAUUCCCCCAUGCUUCCGGAUAUGACGUCACCGCCUGCGGAAGUACAUUUCCAGUACAUGUUGCAAAAAAAAAAAAGGAAUUGGAGGAAGCCGUUUUGUCGGUGGCGUUGAGAUUGGCCAUCUGUAACUGCUAAAUGUGUACUUUGCAGAUAGCUGUUCAUUCCGGUUGCAGUUCUCUGUCGUCUGUAAAUAGACUGUGUUACAUUGCGUUGGCUUUGCCGCUAGACCAGAGCACCCUGAACGUAGCUACCAUAAUUCCAAAUUCUCAAUGUAUUUCAAGUAGAACUAAGAAAAACGAAUCGUUAACCUUGAAGAUCAAACGAGAUGGUUAGAUAUAGAUCAUGACCUUGUUUGAAUAAUGGCAUGGGCUGCCCAGUGAUAAUAGAGACAGUAAUUGCUGUUUCCUUAUAUUUGUAUACUCUCCCUCAGUAAAUGCCAUUAUUGUGCUUCUUUAGCGUGUACUUUAAUAGUCAUUGUUCGUGACAUCUAAAACAUUACACGCUCAAAACAGCGUAAACAAGUGAACGUAGAUUUUGUUUACUUACAAACAUAAUAUAGUUGCCACCACUCAUACUGCGGUCAAAUGUGCAACAUUUGCGUUGUGCCAAUAGCUUUUCUGAGGGGUCAUUACAACAAGAUAAAUUGCCAAUCAACGCCAGCCAGGCAUUGGUCCUCCUUUUGGUACUCGAACGCAAUUGUUUCUAACUAGUUCAUGAAUUUAGGUUUGGCUGAAAAUGUAUAGUUGACAAACACAUACAUUUGAAAAUUUCUGUUUUCUUGUGCAUUGAGAGUGCAUUCACAAAUAAAUAAAGAUAUCCUUACCUCUUAUUAGCAAAAUUUGCUGUAAUGUUACUCCGAAUCAGGCGUCAACUGUCAGAAUGAAAACAUUGCAAGUUACCUGUAUUCGUGGUAACCCCGGCUAUUUUCAGUGUGAUCGUGGAUCUGUUCACGGUGUGCUACUUGAUGCAAUUGUGUAUUUUUGUCAAAACAUCAUGUGCUCUGUAGUGUUCUUGCCGCGUUAAAGAAAUCGACGGAUAAUCAAACGCAACCUGCGCCGUUUAAGUAGCAUGCUCGAACGCUGAAAGAAAUUUCUGUGGUAUCGCGUGGUGUGGGCAGGAGUAUGUAGUAGUAUGUAGCAGUAUACAUGCUUGUGUAUUUUUGUUUACGAGAACAAUGUCAUCAAACAUUUCUUUGACUUCAAAAACGUGAUGACCGGGUAAAUUUACGGAAAUAAAGUGUCUCAUAAGGUGUUGA